GACCAUGUACCUACGCGCGUGCCGUACCGCGCGUACCUACUUAGGUAUGUCUGACUAAGCGCAUUUCUCCAGUAACACGAGCACGCCACACCAGCAACACCAGCCACAAACACUACAGCCACAUCUCGAGUCACCAUCCACCUCUACCUAGUAUUUUCUCAAGAUCCAGACCGUCUCAGAUUCCUCCCUCACAAUAUAAUUUGCAUCCCCAUAAACAUGUCUUCCAAUCCACCCUCCGAACCUCCGUCGCGCACCGCAACGCCAAAUCCACAGUCGCGCUUCACAUCGCAAUCGAAAACCGUCGAAGAUGUUCUCAGCACGCAAACCGUGGGAUUGGUCAAGCUGUCUGAUUUUCGCAAGCGCAGAGCGGAGGCAGUAGAGAUGAAGGAGAGGGAUGCGCAAGAGAUUGGAAGCGGAAGGAGUGGAGCGAGCACACCUGUGGGCGACGGUGCCUCCACGCCCACCGACCCUCAAUCUGGCCCCCUGAAGAAAAAGAAGAAGAAAGCGGGAACACCCAAAUUAUCAUUCGGAGUCGACGACGAAGAAGGAGGAGAAAAUACCGAGUCCGACCCUUCACGAUCCGCAACUCCAGAUAUUCCAAACAAGAAGAAGAAAAUAGGCGUCAAUUCUAGCGUUUCGUUCGUCCCCAAAACUCUGACUAAAUCGGCAUUGUUGAAAGAAGCGCAAACGCGAGAAUCAUUACGGAAAGAGUUUCUGGCAAUCCAAGAAGCGGUCAAGGGAACAGAGAUCGCAAUUCCAUUUGUAUUCUAUGAUGGGACGAAUAUACCAGGUGGAGUAGCGAGGGUGAAGAAAGGAGAUUUCAUUUGGGUUUUCUUGGAUAGGAGUAGGAAAGUUGGAGCCGAAUUAGGGGUUGGAGAGAAGGCGAACAGUAAUAGAGAGUGGGCGAGAGUCGGUGUAGAUGAUUUGAUGUUGGUUAGAGGGGGGCUGAUUAUUCCUCAUCACUAUGAUUUCUACUACUUCAUCAUAAACCAUACCCUCGGACCUAACAGCCAAGUCCUCUUUUCUCAUAGUUCUUCACCGCCUCCUACCGCCUCAAUUACUCCUCUUGAUACCGAUUCCCCUAUCCCCGAAUCAUAUAACCCACUCUCGCGGCCUUCUGCUUCGAGUGGUACCAAGACCCCCACAACGAAAGUCGAAGAUUUAGAGGGAUUUGGCGAUGACCCAACUUUUACAAAAGUAGUGGAUCGCAGAUGGUAUGAGAGGAAUAAACAUAUCUAUCCAGCUAGCGUAUGGCAAGAGUUCAACCCUGAGAAGGACUACCAGACCGAAGUUAAGAGGGAUGCUGGCGGAAACGCAUUCUUCUUUUCCUAGGGGAAUGCUUCGUGGUUCUAGUGGUACAAAUUGGAAAUGCGGAGGUCUAUAGAACUUGUAUAAUUGUUUCGGGACCUGGAGCGUUUUGGAUGAAUACAUCGAGGGAUAGACUUGAAAGCCUUAAAACA